AUGGAACUUCAAGUAAACCUGGAUAUGAAGCGUGGUUGUUCGUUCCUUAUUGCGUUCUUGUUCUCCAUCGACCUUGUUGCACGUUCGGAAGCCAUCGGUGUCCACAAUUGGUCAUCGAUAUUGAACAACCAGCCGUCGAAGAAUUGGGUCAUCCUUUUGGCUGGCUCCGACACGUGGACAAAUUAUCGACAUCAAGCGAACGUUUACCACGCCUAUCAAGUCGUGCGUGCAAACAAUGUUCCACCGGAGAAUAUAAUUACCUUCGCCGUGGACGAUAUUGCAAACAAUCGCAGCAAUCCGUUUAAAGGCAGCGUGUUCCAUGACUACAGGCACGAAGAUGUCUACAACGGUGUGGUAAUUGACUACCGCGACAAGGAUGUCAAUCCGAAAAUGUUCGAGAAAGUACUGAAAGGCGAUAAGACACUUGAGAGACAAGGGAAGAAGGUGCUGAAUAGCGGUCGAGAUGACUACGUGUUCAUCUAUUACACUGGCCAUGGUUUGCCUUACGAGAUUUCCUUUCCAAGUGAAAAUCUCGAUGCCGCGGAGUUCAACAAACUCCUCAUCUACCUGUAUUCAAACUAUAAGUACAAGAAAAUGGUGCUUUACAUGGAUGCUUGCCGCUCCGGCUCUAUCUUCCAGGGUAUGCUUCCUUCAGAAGUGGGAAUCUACGCGACAACAUCAGCCAAGGACAAUGAGGACAGUUUUGCUGAGUUUUGUGAGGACAGCCGAAUCAGUGUUUGCCUAGCGACCGAAUUCUCGUAUGCCUGGAUUACAGAUUCUCAGUUCAAGGACAUUAAAACGCGUACACUGGAUCAACAGUACGAAGAGGUGAAAAGAAGGACAGUAAGUAGUCACGUGAUGAGGUACGGUGAGAUGGCGAUGAAAAGUCUCCCAGUUGGGAAAUUCCAAGGUCAUUAUGAUCUACCGAUGCACCGAAAUGACAAGGAAAUAGCACUGAGUGCUGCAGAUAGAAAACCGUCUUCGCGGGUUUACUUGUUUUCAAUGUCACGAAACCUGAUGGAGGCGAUAACAGUGGAAGAACAUGAAACCGCUUGGCGGAAACUAUACCGAGCGCUUCAGCUUGGUCACAUCGUCAAGGAAAUGUUUCGCGACAUUGUCAUGGACGUGACGACCCACUAUAAGCCAUCGGUAAACGAGUUGUCCAACAGGAAUGAGAUCUCGUGUUUCAAGGCAGUAUUCGAUCAUUUCCGGAUGCACUGCUUCACAAUUAAACAGGUCCCCGAGGUAGCUCGGCAAACAGCUCAUCUAAUGGAGCUGUGCAAAGCCGGGUACGAUGCCGAAACCCUCAUCGAGGCUGUCCACAACAUCUGUUCCUAAUGAGCACGUAUUGUGUUGUGUGAUUUUACCAAAAUAAAAUGAACU